UCACCGCAUGGUUGGCAGGUUUCUCCUUGCGGCGGGAUUUUCAGUAGUGUGUACAAAUGUAAUUUUGUUUUUAGUGUUAACUCUUAUUUUACGCAUUACCCUCGUUCUUGCGCUUUAUCUGAAGUCUUUAGCGUUGAAUAUGGGAGCAGAGUGUGGAUUUCAAACAAAGCAACAGCUCAACGAGUGUAUUUUGCGCUGCCCAUGGUCAGAAUACCCGCUUCCUCCAGUUCAUAGAGCUUGUCGAGAUGGCGAUAUACUUAGUUUGACAUACUUGACCAUUCAAGGAGAUAGGUUGGCAGUUGUUAGCGCAAUUAAUGCCCGGGAUCAAUUUCUAAUGUGGACACCUAUACACUGGGCAGCUUAUUUUGGAAAGGUAGAAUGCGUAAAGCGCCUUGUUGAGUGUGGAUUGAACAUUGAUAUCACUGAAGGGAGGUUUGAACAGUCUGCAGCUCACCUAGCAGCCUUUGCUGGCCAUGUGGGUGUACUCCAAUGGCUGCUGGAAAGUGGGUCUUCUGCACAGAAGGUGGAUAGCCUUGGAGAAACUCCAGUGCACAAGGCUGCUCGCAGUGGAUGCACUCAAUGUUUGAGUUUGUUACAGGCAUUUGGUGCUCCUUUAAGUACAUUUAACAUGUACCGGCAAACACCCUGUGACCUUGCCUCCUUGCUUGGGUUUGAACAAAGUGUUCAGUUCUUGAGAAAUCACAGCUCUGCCACAGUGUCCAGUCAGAGAAAAAGUAAAAGACUACUUGACGAUGGAGACCGCACAGAGCAAGUAAAAAGACCUAGAAAUGGUGUUGUGAAAUAUUUCGAUCAUGUUGAGAUACUUGGUCCAAAUGCUGUGAAUCACAAUCUAAACAUUUCACCUGGGGAAAAUCAAUUGACACACAGCACAAAUGGGUUUCUGCAUGGGCAUGUUCAUGAUGAAGCUUUUAAAAGCACAGGUUACAACAGUUGUCUCCCUUCUAAGAACAGUGAUGUUGACAUGCAAGGCGAGGAAGUUCAAGAUACUGCAAUCAAAACAAAUUCCAGCAAUCACUAUUUAAACCAGCCUGUUAGAUGUUUAAGUAUGUGUAGUCACUUGCAGUAACUUGUUUAUGCUGUCUAUAAAUUUAACCAGUUGUAAAGAGAGGUCAAUCGAGAGACUCUCUACGAUAAAUCAAGAAAUUCUCAUACAAUAAUGUCAACACAACUUUGACCACUGCAUUUGUAUUUAUUAAGCUGUGAAUAGCUAUUUCUCCUUUAUUUCAAACAUUGCUUUGACAGUAUGUUACAAACUACUCUCUGUGUAUAUAAAUCAUUAUCCAGUACAUGGUUGCAACAUUCUUAUCAUUCUUAUGUAAGAUGAUCUACUUUGUUUACAAUUAGAAGGUUAUUGACUGUGAGCUUAUCAAGAAGGUGGAUAAACUGCUAUGGCAAAUUUUAAAAAGCUGACAUUUUAAGCAUUGGCCCAUAUCCUUUCAAGCAAAUUUGCUCUGACCCAGGGCUAAUGUAUGGUCUUAGUUUGUCUAACAGACUUUCCAUGCCAAAAAAAGCUUUUUGUUUACCCCAGAGUCAUUCUGCUUGCAUGAAAAGCAAGAAUACAGUAAUCAGCUUUUAAACAUUUGCUGUGGCAGUUUACAGACCUUUAUCAGCAGGUAAUUGUGUUGAUAACCUUGAAAUUGUUUCAAUUUUUUCAUGUCAACACAGUAAAACAGUUUCUUUAGAAACUAAUGACCUUGUUGAAUUACAUUGUUGCAUACAUUUCCAACUCAGUCUUAAUAGUGCUUUCAAUAAUAUUGGCUUUUGAUUGCCGCAAAUAAACUUUUCCUUAAUUUAAA